GCCGGAGACGUCGUCGGUCAGGGCACAGCGACACGAGCAGCCGAACAGCGCACCUCAGCAUCCUCCAGGACGUUAAGAGAACAGUUCAUAGUAAACAUGAAGGUUCAGGUCGCCAUCGUUCUGGCUCUCGCCACCCUCGCCGUCGCCAGCCCCGCCACCAAGGACAAGGACACCCCUAAGCGCAAACGCUGGGCCAACGACUGGAGCAGCGGUAGCUGGGACGGCGGUCUGUCCAGCUGGGACGCCCCCAUGCUGUCCCACUCCGCCUACGCCGCUCCUGUCCUGUCCCACUCCGUCUACGCCGCCCCCGUGGUGUCCCACGCCUCUUACGCCGCCCCCGUAGUGUCCCACGCCUCCUACGCCGCCCCCGUAGUGUCCCACGCCUCCUACGCCGCCCCCGCCAUCUCGUACGCCGCCCCCGCAACCCGCUCUGCAACGCGACUGGCUAUGCGCCUUCGAUCUCUGUUAAUAUGA